CAAACAGUUUUUUUGAAAGGUUAAGAAUGGUUCGGUGCAUCAUUUGUCUUUGUGUGUUGCUGUUAAAGCAACAGUGAAACUGUCCUGCAAAGACCACUUCUCCAUUUCAGGAAUAUCAGUGGUUGCAGCGCUGCUGCACGUGAUGCACAUCGGUAAAACAAGCGUGAAUGGACAGAGUUCUGAUAUGUAGGUUAAGGGAUUUUUGGGCUGAGUCAGCAGUUUCUUUAAGAGGUGGAGUUUUAUUUUACUUCUGUUUCAUAUAAGAAGGGAUUGAGUCAAAAAUAUUCUUCAUCCCGUAUAAAAAGCUACAGAGAGGUCACAUGGGAUGGCCGUUUUGCUGAGCCACAGCAACCCACUGUAUGAGUUAGACAUGAAGCUGAACAAGGCCGACCACUUCGAGAUUGAGAACAAUGAUUUUUCAAGGAAAAAGACCAAGAAUGGGCACAAGUGCCUGAAUGUGAUAAUUGUGUAUCUCAUUCUGCUGACUGGAUUCAUUGCAUUUCUAAGCUACAAAGUCUUUGACUUGCAAGAUAAAAUCCACGACAAAGCAGGUCAAUUGAGCAAGGCCACAGCUGAUGCACUGCAGUCGUCACCCAAUGAGAUUCUUCCUCCUGAGGAGGAUCAACAGAACCUCCUCACCCUAGUGAGGAACACCAGUCUGGAGGCAUCAACUCUGCGUGAGGAUGUGGGCAAGUUGAAGGUCCGCAUUGCUGAUGUGUGUGAAGGGCCAGGAGGUCUGAACAUGCUAAGACAAGAGUUGAACAUGACCAGCCACCUGCUGCAGACCCGUCUGGACAACCUGAGCCUCACACCAGGUCCACAGGGACCAAAAGGAGAUCCUGGAAUAGCAGGUGUCCCUGGACCCAAGGGAGAUGCAGGAGCUGUAGGUCCUCGAGGUGAGAAGGGUGAUCAAGGCAUUAAAGGGAAUGAAGGGCGUCCAGGAACUACGGGCAUGAAGGGAGACAAGGGACAGCAGGGGAUCACAGGCGCACCUGGAAGCAUGGGACCUAAGGGAAAUGUAGGAGUUGCAGGUCCUCGAGGUGAGAAGGGAAACCAAGGUACCAAAGGGGAUCAAGGGCUCCAGGGAGCUCCAGGCAUGAAGGGAGAUAAGGGACAACAGGGGAGCACAGGUUCAUCUGGACCCAUGGGUCUUAAAGGAGAUGCAGGAGUUGCAGGUACCCAAGGACAAAAAGGAGAUCAAGGUGCCCAAGGGAGUAAGGGACUCCAAGGAGCUCCAGGCAUGAAGGGAGAAAAAGGACUGCAGGGAAGUCCAGGCAUGAAAGGAGAUCGAGGUGAACAAGGACUACGCGGAGAGCAGGGAGCCAAAGGGCAACAGGGUGCUCAAGGCAACAGGGGCAUCCAAGGCACACAAGGGGAGAGAGGGUUUAAAGGGCAGAAAGGAGAGCAAGGGCAGAAAGGAGAGCGUGGAAUUAGUACAAGUCUUGUGAGGAUUGCUGGUGGAGGAUCUCGAGGGCGUGUCGAAGUGUUUCACCAGGGCGAAUGGGGCACUGUAUGCGACGAUAGCUUUGACGUUACUGAUGGAGGGGUCAUUUGCCGCAUGUUGGGCUUCCAAAGAGCUACUUCAGUCUUUACUUCCACUGCAGGAACUGGAAGAAUCUGGCUGGAUGACUUAAAGUGCACUGGGCAAGAACGCAAUAUCUUCGAGUGCCCGCAUAGAGGCCUGGGAGUUCAAGACUGCUCCCACAGUGAAGAUGCUGGUGUGGCAUGUAUCUAAUCUGUCUUUGGAGCUCUCGGAUGAGCACUGCUUUUUUAUACUGAUGCAAAGCCCUUACUGAAGCUUCAGAAUGGUUCUCAUAAACAUGCAACCUUCAUUGCUGAAUAUUUUUCAACAUGUGCAAAUUAAAAAGCCUGUGCCUGGUGCAGAGGUUAACAAAACAAUAAUAUAUAACAUUCGCUGAUAUUUUGCAAGUUUAAAUUGUAAGAAUGGAUGGCAGUUAUAUCUGAGGAAGCAUUAUAACAGGAACUGAAGUUUAAAUGUCUGAACUUGUGUACUAAGCAAAUAUGUGUUGUAAUAAAUAGCAUGUGCUCCAUGUGCAUUUUGCAAGAAACCAACAAAUCCAUGAAACUAGCCAGCCCUGAACACAUACAUUUCUGAAACUAAAACUGUAUUUUUAAGUCUGUGUAGCUUCUCAAGAAGAAGUUUUAGCAUAUAGGGAUAGAUAUGAAUAAAAAUUAAAGAAACAGGAUUCGGGAUAAAGAAAUUUCUGGGAUUAAAGAAAUAUUUCUACUGUAGGACUUUAUUUCUGAGAAGGUUUGUUAAAAAAUAUAAAUUCUGAUUAAUAAAAGUAUAAACAGCAGUGAUUCUCUUCAACACAAGUGAUGAACAGUGCUAUUUUUUGGUAAAGACAGUGGACAGGAUGUAUCAUUCUAACUGCAUUAUCUAAACACCACUGAAAUGUGUUUAAAUCUUUUAACAUAUCUGACUUCUCUGACAUUGUUUAAUGCAGUGAUUCUCUGGUUGGUUGACUUUUCUCACUUACUUCUGCUCUGCAUUUAAGAAACACCUCAAAAGAAACAAAUCAGACAAAACUGACCUGUGAAGACACCUUGUGAUGUAAUUUGAAAUGAAAAGCAUGUGAUAACUUGCAAUGUGUAUGUAAUGACCUUUUGUACAUAUGCUAAAAUGUAAAUCCCAUGUAGAUCACAGUAUAGUUUCAUGUUUAACAUGUGAUGCAAUCUAAGACAUGUAACAAUCAUAUUACAGUAUGUACAAAAUAAAAGCUGUCAAAAAAGUAAUAUUAACCUUUC